AUGCCUUCCUACGCUAUUGUUGGUGGCUCGCGUGGUAUCGGGUUGGAGUUCGUGCGGCAACUGGCGACGUCUGCAGAAAACAUCGUUUUUGUGACAGUGCGCGAUAAGACGAAGUCCACACACCUCUCAGAACUCAUAUCGGAAUUACCGUACCGCAAUGUACACGUUCUGCAAGCCGACGUUGUUGAUCCUCAUGCUAUGAAGGCGGCCGCUGCGGAGGCUGCGAAGAUAUCGGGGGGGAUUUUGGAUGUGCUCAUCAACAAUGCGGCGCGCAUGGAGCCUGCCAACAUGUUCAAGGGGUUUGAGGACUUUGAUAGCGAAGACGAACUGGACACCGAGUUCAUCGAAUCAUUCAAGGUCAACGUAUUAGGCGUAGUGCAUGCUGUCAACGCUUUCUUACCGCUGCUUCGCAAAGGCACGACGAAGAAGAUCAUCGUCAUCGGGAGCGGCGCGGGGGAGCGCACCUUCGUAUGGAACAUGCGUAUGAACUCCAUGGUUGCGUACGGGACGACUAAGGCCGCGACAAACAUGGUCUCGACCAAAUAUGCUGCGCAGCUUGAGCCCGAGGGCUUCGUCGUUGUCUCGAUCAGCCCUGGGUUCGUGGAUGUGUCUGCGACCGCCACCGGAGAGUACGACGAGGCGGGAAAGGCUGAGAUGGCGAGGCAGGUAGAGAAUCUCCGAAAGGUCAGGCAGGACUCCGACCUUAAGCCGCUCACACCCGAGCAGUCUGUCAGGACGGUAUUAAAGGUGAUCGGACUCGUGGGACCUGCGGAUUCAGGGUCUUUCGUCGCUUCCGCCGAAGCUCGCGCUAUGCAAGGUUGA